AUGGGUGCAGCAGCGGCACACUCCGCGAACGAGAAGGACGACGGAGGCAUAUUCUCUCAAAUGAAAAAAACAUUGGACGGUUCGAGGAUGGUCGCCGCCGGUGGCGGCGCCGGGGUCAUCGCGAGAACAGCCUCGGCGCCUUUAGAUAGAAUCAAGCUGUUGUUUCAAGUGCAAGCGAUGGCGUCGUCCGGGAUCGAAGGCACCGCGUACACCGGAGUCGGGCAAGCGUUCAAGAAAAUAUACAAAGAGGAAGGGAUUUUGUCGUUUUGGAAAGGGAACGGGGUGAACGUCAUUCGGGUCGCACCGUAUGCCGCGGCGCAGUUGACGUCGAACGAUUUUUACAAGAGCAAGUUGCAAGACGAAAACGGCAAGUUAGGGGUGAAGGAAAGACUUCUCGCCGGGGCGAUGGCGGGGAUGACCGGGACCGCGCUGACGCAUCCGUUGGAUACGAUUAGGUUACGAUUAGCUUUACCGAAUCAUCCGUAUAAAGGGAUGGUGAAUGCAUUUUCGGUGGUGUAUAGAACGGAAGGCGUGAGAGCGCUGUAUAAAGGUUUGAUCCCGACGUUGGCCGGGAUCGCGCCGUACGCGGCGUGUAACUUUGCCAGUUACGACGUGGCGAAGAAGAUGUACUACGGGGACGGGGCGAACAUCAAGCAAGAUCCAAUGGCGAAUUUGGUCAUCGGUGGAGCCUCGGGAACGUUUAGCGCGACGGUGUGUUACCCGUUGGAUACCAUUCGAAGACGGAUGCAAAUGAAAGGUAAAACGUACAACGGGAUGGCGGACGCGAUGACGACGAUCAUGCGAGACGAAGGCGCGAGAGGGUUUUUUAGAGGGUGGACGGCAAACACGAUGAAAGUCGUGCCGCAAAAUAGCAUCCGUUUCGUCGCGUACGAGUUGUUGAAGACGUUGUUAGGGUGCGAACAAACGAAAAUUUAA